UCCCAUCACAACGUCGCUUCGUAUCAUUGCCUGCGUCAACCAACCGUCGGCAAGAGUCACCGCGAGUGGAGGAGGGAUGGCUCUGAAACGGGCGGCAGCGCUGUUUGCAGCCGGCGAGACUCCGGCGACGGAAGGCCUGGACUUCCGUGCCCCCGUGGAUGACGCCUGCUACGCGGUGCGGCUCCUCUUGGAGGAGGAGGGAACCCUCCGCGUGAUGUACUGCAAUUUCUCGGAUGUCUACGACGAGCUCUAUCGGGCCGAUGGGUUUCGGACGGUGGAGGAGCUGGAGGAGUUCCGGGGGAGGUAUCGGCCGACGACUCUCCAGCUUCAGGACGAUGAGUACUGGAAGGUGAUCGAGGGCAUGGAGGUUUGCGUCUCCCACACGUUCGGUGAGAGCGACAUCCAUUUCUUCGACACCAUAAUUGACGCGGCAUCCUUUUCCAAACAUAAAUUCUCUGAAGGAGAAUCUAUAUGUACCUGCACUUUUAGGGUUCUUUGGCAACAUGGUCCUAUGGCAGGGGAGAAAUCAAUAGCUGGUGUAGAACAUAUAUGCAUCCUUCAGUCUAAAAAUGUAGAGGACCAAACAUUAAACCACUUUCUGGACAUUGCAAGGAGGAUACUGGAAGAAACAAGCAAUCAAGUGGACCCAGCAAUUAGCCCUUUUCGAGCAACACCUAGGAUUUUGUGACCGGCCCCAAGCCAUGAACCUGAAUCAGUUGGAUCUGGAUAUGAGUUUUCUCAUGUAACAGUUGUUGCAUGCCCUGGUGGAACUCAUGGUUCAACAGUUGACGAUCGUUCAAAGAAGCCACAAAAGUCUUUUCUCCACUGCAAGGAAAUAAUGAUUCCUGAUUAAAGUAGUGUUUUGGAGCAGACAUCUAGAGGGAAGAUUUGCAUAAAAAGUAAUUCCAAACUAGCUGAAGAUUUGAUGCAAAUUAAUAUUUUCCAUGAAGAAAGCUAUCACGUUUUCCAUAUUGCAAAUUUGGACAAAGAUUUGUCAUCGGUCGCGAUCAUGGAUUUCAUACAUGAACACACAUCCAUAUCUUGUCAAGCAGCUGUCUUUCCUUGUUAUGGGUCAACAUCGUAUCAUAUGGGAACCAUCUUUGAAAAGGAACAUGCUGAUGAGUUACUUGAAUUUUCAUGUGAUCCUUCACACAUCAUCGGGUCCUCAAGUGGGAGACCUUGGGUGACAAGUGAAAAAUGGUGUGGAGUAAACAAAUGUGCGAUGCCAAAAUUUGAGGUUAACUCGGAUGCACUAUCUGCUGAUUUUGGGAGCUGCACCUAUUAGUGUUCUAUAAGUGGCGAGGAUGCUGCCUUCCUUCUAAAAGUCUACCUUUUCUUAGCCAACCUAUUUUGUGCACUGGUUGACACUGGACAUUUUGAUCCUCUCUAAUCUUUGCUGGCUGCUGUAUUUCUAUCCUUGUAACUAUUCUUGCGGGGCAAUUUGUUGGGUUUGUUCUGUGCUCGUUCUUGUAUUCUAGCUAAUUUCACAGGAGGUGGGUAGGGUAAUGCAAAAUGCUAGUGGAUGAUUUAAGGAUGAAGCUUUGAAAGUUCAGCACAUGUGGAAUGAUGUUUUAUGGAAGCAAAGUUCUGAUUUUUUUUUU